AGGAGGUGCCCUCGCGCCGCUCAAUCACGGCAGGGAAAUAUUGAUUUGAAUUGUUAAAAAACGGACGUGUAAUUUGAAAAAUGUAAACAUUUAAACGUUUAACGGCGUGAAAUUAAACUCGUGGGAGUUUUUUGGGAACUUUUCACCGUCGGAAAAAGGAUGACAACAACACAAUAGUGUUGGCAACCAAGUGUUUCUGCUCCCACACGCUGGAUCUCACAGCACCCCACAACAAAGAUGAGGAUACAAGGACAGCCUGAGGGUGCGAGGAGGCGUCUGGAUUUAAAUGCAGUCGGGGAGCUGAGGGUUGUGGAGGUCAUCCGUGGUCGGGCAGGUUAUGGCUUUACUAUUUCGGGACAGUGGCCGUGUCUGUUGAGCGGCAUCCUGGAGGGGAGCCCAGCUGACCUGGUGGGACUCAAACAGGGGGAUCACAUCAUGGCCAUCAAUGGAACCGACGUGUCCACUGCUUUGCAUGAGACUGUGGUGCAGCUGAUUGGCACCUGCAAGGGACCCUUGCAGUUGGUGGUACAUGCUGCAAGCCGAAUCAUGGGGAACCCCAUUCUUAACGAUGCAAAAUUUGGGAAUGGACAGAAAAAUGGUAUUUUCCAAAAGGCCAGUGUUCUCCGCACUAUCUCGUAUGAUUCAAGCCAUAACUCAGGUCAUGCUAUCAACGCCAAACAGAGGCCGGUGUCCGAGCCUGACAUGUCGCAGUGGUCACAACAGUGGAAUAAUUUAGCUGUGCAGGCAAAGGAAGAAACUUCUAGAGUGGGCGACACAGACUCUGUGUUUACAGACACAGAAGAAGCUAAUCCAGACUGGAGUAUGUUAAACAUGACCUUGGUGGUGGGCUACCUCAGCUCCACAGAGCUGAUUUUAAACACUGCAGAAUCAGAGGACGACUGUUUAAAAGCCAUUCGGGAGCGAAUACGUCAGCUGGGAACAGAGCAGAGUACCCAUACUCUGGUGAUGAUGAAAAUCAUGUUUGACUGUAUCCGACUUUGUGACGAUGCAGGAGCUGUUCUGGCAGCUUUUCCUGCUGAGAACCUGGUUUUAGGGGCCGUGUGUGCUGAAGACCCACGUUUUUUAUGCCUGGUCACUACAGCACAUAUCAUCAAUGGCCGUGUACCUGAGGAUGGUCCUCUGCGGGCCUCCUGCCAUGUUUUCUUUAUUGACCCAGAGCUGGGAAACCAUGAGGACCAUACAGGCAUUGCUGGACGCUUUGGCUUCGACUGCACUCCAGAUCCAGAUGCCUUGGGCUGCCUGGAGUUUCCUCAGACUCCCCCAGAUGUUCUUCACUUUGUCACAGUGCUGUACAGUGACUUGGGGGAGGCUGUGGAGAGACUUCGAGUCAAACUGGACAUGGAGGCUCAGCAGCAAGCCAGGGAGAAUGGCAGCACAGGCAAACAAGGCAGCGCCAGCAGCAAUGGGGACAGUGGAAUUGGAAAUGCAUCACCCCCUGAGGAGAGAAAGGACAGGGAUUUCCCUUCCGCAAUCCGAAACCACCCUGGGUCCCACCUCCCCAGCUGUCCAUGGGAUUAUCCUCUUCCUCAAGACCUCACUCCAAUAAACUUCUCCAAGAAUGGCCAAAAACUAAAUCCAGAGAACAGUGCCAGCACACAUUCCCUUUCAGAGUCACUACCUGGCCCUGAUUCUCUUCAUAGCUUUUAUGGAGGUCCCCCACCCAGGCUUGAGUUCCAGUUUAAGCCCCCACCUCCUCCACUGCCUUUGGGUAAAAAAACAAACUUCUUUGGGGACCCCCUCAGAAGUAGCCAAAGGUGGUUCUCAAAGUCAAAGUGGACUAAAGUGCAAAGCGGCGAUGUUGAGCCUCAGGUGACCAACAACUGGUCCUCCAGCACAAAUAUCCUGCCUCCCCCCAUGAGUCAGAUCCCCUCAGACAGGUACUGUUCAGCAGAGGUCAUGAUGCUCCCCCCCAGAGAGGAAUGGACCCAAAGAUUUCUUGAACAGAGAGAGAAACAGCGCAAAGAUACCAAAAUUGGCUCCAGGUUUUGGGGUAUGGGUGUUGCCCGCGCCUCUAAGCGCCGCUCUGCCAAACGUCUCAGCCUGGCACGAUCACUGGAUGACCUUGAGUCUGCUGCUUCCUCAGAUGGUGACUAUAGUGGAGUCCAGUUGCAGGGAUGCUGCAGCCAGAGCAGCCUGAACAGUAAUGGCAGUCUUCCAGGAGCAGGCAGUUUCCGAGGGGUUCCGGAGCAGCGCGUGGCCAGCUGGGCCGGCUGCUUCGAGCGCCUCCUCCAGGAUCCAGUGGGUGUGCGCUACUUCUCGGAAUUUCUCAAGAAAGAAUUCAGUGAGGAGAAUAUCUUGUUCUGGCAGGCCUGUGAAUACUUCAGUCAUGUCCCUGCAACUGAUAAAAAGCAACUGUCUCAGAGAGCUGGAGAGAUCUACAACAGCUUCCUGUCCAGCAAGGCCACCAUGCCGGUCAACAUCGACAGCCAAGCCCAGCUGGCCGAUGACGUCCUCACCUCCCCACGGCCUGACAUGUUCAAGACGCAGCAGUUACAGAUCUUCAACCUGAUGAAGUUUGACAGCUAUUCGCGAUUCCUCAAGUCCUCCCUCUACCAAGAGUGCAUGCGUGCAGAGGUGGAUGGCCGACCCUUGCCGGACCCCUACCAGAUCCCCUGCAGUCCUGCGCCCUCAAAACAUAGUGCCAGCUCUGACCGCUCUACACUCUCCACUCCCAAAAAGGACGCCAGGAAGCAGAGGUCAGGGAGGUCACUGAAUGAAGACAGCAGGGAUGAGAGCGCCGACAAAAAACGCGGCAUCUUCUUCUCGUGGUCCCGCAACAGGAGCUUUGGGAAGGGCCCCAAGAAAAAGGACAUAGGAGACAUUAACCUCGACUACUGGGGCAGUAAUGGGCGGAGGGAGUCCCAGGGCUCCUUGUCGUCCGGUACCAGUCUGGAGAUGCCAACUUCCUGCUCUGCUGGCAAGAUUGAGGCUGAUAAUCGCCACUCAGUUUGGGAGCGCUCCCCCAAACACUGCAGUGUGAUGCUGCCUGACGGUUCCUGCUCUUCUAUCAGUCUUCGUCCCGGAGCCUCCAUAAGGGAAGUCCUCCAAGAUCUCUGUCAAAACAUUAACAUCAACAUCGCUGCUGUUGACCUCUUCCUGGUGGGAGGGGAGAAGCCUUUGGUGUUAGACCAAGACUGUUUGACCCUUAGUUCACGAGACUUGAGACUGGAGAAGAGGACCUUGUUUAGACUGGACCUGGUGCCCAUUAACCGCUCCGUGGGGCUGAAAGCCAAACCUACCAAACCAGUCACUGAGGUCCUGCGUCCCGUGGUGGCCAAAUACGGCCUCCACCUCAGCGAUCUUGUGGCCAAAAUAAGCGGAGAAACUGAGCCGUUGGACCUGGGUGCCCCCAUAUCGAGUUUGGAUGGUCUGCGGGUUGUGCUGGAGCGAACGGACCCAGCUUCAGGGAAAGACAAACCCAAGUCUUCCUCCCUAAAAAACCACCCUCCAACCAGGAGUUAUUCUGCUGCAGGAGAUGAGAGGUCAACACCAAAGGACUUUUCUCUGAGAGCAAGUGGACCAGACUCAGCACUCCCAGGGGAAAAGAGAAAACAGAAAAAGAUUAAUAUAGAUGAAGCUGAAGAAUUCUUUGAGCUGCUGAGCCGGGCGCAGAGCACCCGAGCCAACGACCAGCGCGGACUCCUGAGCAAAGAAGACCUGGUGCUUCCCGAAUUCCUGCGUCUAACUCCACCCACCUCCUCCUGCUCCAUCUCCUCUGACCUGGCCUGCUCCACUCCCGACCGCCGGGAGAACGGCAUAUCCUCACGGGGGGCCCUCACCGCCAGCCUUCGUUCGGAGAGCCUGGACUCCUCCCUCAGCUCCAGCGCCAACGGACACUCCGGGACCAGGCGGUGCCUGAUGCCCCCUCCUCGCCACCCAACUUUUGGCACCCACCUGUCCCCCAUCCCCCGGCCCAUAGACUCCCGGCCAAGCCUCCGCACGGUGGAGGAGGACACCCACACUGACCUGACCUUGGUGGGGGAGGGCGACAUCAACAGCCCCAACAGCACCCUGCUGCCUCCAUCGCCGUCCUCCAUACCGUCCUUCGACAGCAGCCUGCCUGAAGCCAACUUCACCCCGCCGCCACCCUGCCCCAAGUCUCAAGACGCAGGUGAAGAGGGAAAGUCCACUUCAGAAGAAACUACAGAUCGAAACCCUGACACCAAGUCAUCCGCCGACAGAGCCGACGCUGCACAGACGGCUCAGGAGGUGAUGGACGUGGAGGGGGUUCAUCUAGAGGAGGGAACAGUCGAGACAUCCCAGGGAGAGGACUCUGAGCUGAGCCUGAGCUUCCAGGGCUACGUCGCUGAGCUGCGGCAGUGCCAGAGCAAGCUGAGGAACGCCCAGAUGCCCCAGAAUGGCCGCAACCCACCAGAGGGCAAGAACUGCAAGACAGACCUUUACAAGGCCACAGUUGUCUAAAGGGAACCCCCACUGCUGCACUUUUUAAGCCUGAGGCACUGUCUUGAAAGGGAAUUAGUCAAACAAUGGGCUGCAUGUACACUCUAGAAACAAAAUCAAUAUUAUGGUGAUAGAUAUUGUAUAUUUGUUACGAAUUCUGCCGUCCUCUUGUUGAUUUUUAGUAUUGGUUGUAAUUUUUGGACAGUGAUAUGUUUUGUUAUGCUAUAGUUUAAUAAUGAAGUGCAAAGCAAUUCUAUUAUGAGCCAUGUUAGACCAAGGACAACCACGGAAGAAGCCUAAAAUGAACUUUAGGGUACCGGUUUCUAAUCAGGCAUGAAUUACAAACAGUUUAUAAGUUGUAUUUAAUGGGUUUAUUGUAAGUCUUUACUUUCUAGUAAGUCAUCAAAACUAAUGUGAGAGCUAACUUGAAAGUAAGUUAUGCUAAUGGACGAUAUACAAGCCAAAGGGAUAAACCAUUAAUUGUGCAAUUAAUUACAAUUUAUAGACACUCUAUAAAGUUUGACAGAAAAAUCUUAACCCAGUGUCCACUUACAAGCCUUUCCCCCCAACUUGAGCGGAGGAAGAAGAAGAAGUAGCAGUUGAAAGCUCUGGAAAAAGUUGAUUUCUAAAGCAUUACUAAAUGAUUCAUUCAUUAAUGAAGCUAUUUAUUACUUACAAACACUAAACUCAUUAUGACUUUGCACAACGUCCACCUAACCAGAAAAAAAACACUAGUAAGUGAACCUUGAGUUUUCAUUUUUUGUCAAACUUUUGCCCUAUUAGAAAGUGGUACCCACUUUUGUUGGACCAUAUGUCAGGAAGAACUCUGUUUUUAGGAUCAAAAGGGAGGCAAAUCACAAUUUUCUUGCAUAUUUAACUAUUUCCUGUAUAUUAUGUUUUACAGAUAAUACAUGAUGGUACAUUUGUUGCCUGUACUUCCUGCUUCUGUGGUUUUGAGGUUGUCCACAUGUUGAAUGAUUAAAAAGCUUUGAUGGCUGUAAUUCCAACAAAA